AUGGCAAGCGAUGUCCAAGAUCCAGAAAUCGCAGCUCGUGGCACACUUGCUCUCCUGGAAACCCGUCUCCAUCGAUUGGAGUUUCUCCUUGGCGGUGCCAGUGAUAAUGAUGGGCUUCCGCCUCCUACCACAACACCAUCUUCCAGCAGUGAGACACUAUUGGCCAGAUUGGAUGCUCUCGGUGCUGCACUGACCAAGCUGAAGAAGCUCACGGGUACACCUGGGUCAGUCGUACGGGAUAUUGAGCGGCUAUCAUCACACCAUCCUGAUUUAUUUGCUGUGACGGCGGCUGCAACUCACGAGUCCGAGGACACCAGUGCUCUUGCCUCGAUCGUCCUCGCUCAUGCCACCCUAUAUCCCGAGACCGCAUCUAGGUUAUCCUCUCUCCAAACCUUGCAAAUCCCACCCGCAGAUCAAAGUGCGAAGCUGGUAUCACUGGCGCCUAGACUUGAAAAGCUCCGGCAAGAAGAGGAACGGAUCCAAGAAGAAGUUCGAGAGCUGCGAGAGCGCAGUGCAAGGUGCCUAGAAUGGUGGGUCAAGAUUGGAGUGGUCGGAAUGGGAGACAUGUGGGAAGAUUGGGAGAGACGGACUGCGGAAGUGGAGAGGAAUAUCAUCCGUCGAGAGCGACGCGCAAAGGAACAGCAAGGCUACUUGUGA